UCUUAUUCUGAUAAAUCCCAACCGCCAUUUUUCUUGAUUUGGACAAAAAGUUGAUAAAUUUAAUACAUUAGAUAGAUACCCAGAGCAGUGCGUCGCUUUGUUUCUUCCCAAUUCCUUGAUUUGUUUGCAGUAGCGAAUUGUUUCAAAAAACCAGAAGAAGACGAAGAAGGGCAUUUUCUGUUUUUUAAAAGAAAUUUGAAUCAGUGGGGAAGAAGACAAUGCCCCCUGUAAUUGGUAUGUGAGGUCAAAGAUUUGAGCGAAAUUGUUGUUAAGAAAAAAACAGCAGUGAAUUUGGGGAUUUUGGGUGGUGGAAUAGCAGUAAUCCAGGCAUGAAAAGAUCAAAACCGCAUUAACUUCUCAUUUAAUGCCUUCACCUACGCUUUUCCCAAUGUCAGAAGUGUAGUUUCCGCAUUUAAAUCUCUUUUCUUUCUUUUUUUUUCUUCUACCCUUUUUCCUUCUUCUUUUCUUCCUCUGUUCUUUCUUUUCUCUUACAACAAUUCCCAUGAUUCCCUUUUUUCUAAAUCGGAUGGUGGUUUCGUGCAAUGAGCUAUGGAGGUUUAAUGGGUAAUUUUGUUGCUUCUGAAUGUGAAUUGGGUUCGCUUUGUUUUUGCUUUUAUCUGAAUAUCUUCUUGAAUCUGAGGAUAUGUGGUGUGGGUGUGUACUUCUCGAGAGGACAGGAACUAAUUGCUUUCUGAAUGAAUGAAUGUCUUGGGAUUUGAAAGAGAAUGAAGUAAAUUUUACUGGUUCCUACUUGGAUGUUGGUUUUUGAAUUUAGUGCUGGAGGAAUUUCUUUACUCUCUUAUGCCUUGCUGAACUUUGGUUGCUUCUGGUUUUGUUAAAUUGUUAUGUUUUUUCUGUUUGUUCAUGGAACAUUUGAAGAGGAGAUUGUUGUUCAUUCUUUGAAUGAUUGGUUUGGUCUGCAAUGGGGUUAUUCUUGUUGGUGGAAUUGGUUGUUUCUUUCUUGAAGAAGAUGUGUGGUUGGAGGGGUGGAUUGUUUGUAGAAUUGGUUGUUUUUGCAGAUAUGUGUUUGUUGGUGUCAGGUUUAGGUUCAAUGUCUCCUCUUGCUGUUUCUUAUGGGGAGAAAGGGCCUGUCUUUUGUGGUUUAAAGUCAGAUGGGUCUCAUCUUGUGAGCUGUUUUGGUUCAAAUUCAGCCAUAACUUAUGGAACCCCUUCUCAUUUCCCAUUCAUUGGUCUCACUGCUGGUGAUGGGUUUGUUUGUGGGCUUCUUUUGGAUUCCAACCAACCUUAUUGUUGGGGAAGCAGUGGCUAUGUUCAAAUGGGUGUUCCUCAGCCCAUGAUCAAAGGAGCUCAAUACCUGGAAAUUAGUGCUGGUGAUUAUCAUCUGUGUGGACUUCGAACGCCUCUCACUGGACGGCAUAGGAAUAUGUCGUUUGUCGAUUGUUGGGGUUACAACAUGACCAGAACCUUUGCUUUUGAUGGUCCUAUUGAAUCGAUCUCAGCGGGGUCUGAGUUCAACUGUGGGCUGUUUUCUCUUAAUAGAACUGUUUUCUGUUGGGGUGAUGAGACGAGCAGCCGUGUAAUCAGUUUGAUACCUAAAGAUAUGAGGUUUCAAAAGAUAGCGUCUGGUGGAUAUCAUGUUUGUGGAAUUUUAGAGGGUGUAAAUUCAAGAGCGUUUUGUUGGGGAAGGAGCUUAGACAUUGAAGAAGAGAUCUCAGUUGCAUAUUCAGGUGAAGGAAAUGUUGAAUUGGUUCCAGUUGAUCCAUUAGACUCUGUUGUUGGGGGAAAAUUCCAUGCUUGUGGAAUAAAGAGGUCAGACCGUGGUGUGAUUUGUUGGGGUUUUACGGUGAAACCGAGUACUCCACCACCAGAUGGGAUUAAAGUUUACAACAUUGCGGCUGGAGAUUACUUCACCUGUGGAAUUCUAGCUGAAAAAUCUCUCUUGCCUGUUUGCUGGGGUCUUGGAUAUCCUACUUCUCUGCCUUUAGCUGUCUCACCUGGAAUCUGUAAAGCAACUCCUUGUCCUCCUGGUUUCUACGAAAUUAGCCCAGACAAAGCUCGGUGUAAGUCGCCGAAUUUUCAUGUGUGUAUGCCCUGCAGUACUGCUUGCCCUCCUGAUAUGUACCUAAAAGUUGAGUGCUCCUUAAAAUCUGAUAGGCAGUGUGAAUAUAAUUGUUCAACUUGCUUUUCAAGUGAAUGCCUCUCAAACUGCUCAUCCAUGCUUUCAAAUGGUAUGAUGGGGAAGAAAAAUGGGAAGUACUGGCCUGUGCAGCAGCUUCCAGUUCUUGUAGCUGAGAUUGCUUUUGCUGUGUUUUUGGUAGCUAUCGUGUCUUUGACUGCAAUCUUAUACGUUCGAUACAAGUUACGGAAUUGCCAUUGCUCAGGAAAGGAGUUGAAGUCUAAGAAAAACAAAGGGGCUGCCUCUUCCUUCCAGAGGGAAAGCUAUAAAAUACGUCCUGACUUGGAUGAGCUGAAAAUAAGGAGGGCUCAGAUGUUCACCUACGAAGAACUUGAGAGAGCGACAUGUGGGUUUAAGGAAGAGUCUAUUGUGGGAAAGGGAAGUUUCUCUUGUGUUUUUCGAGGGGUUUUAAAGGACGGGACAGUUGUAGCAGUAAAACGAGCUAUAAUGUCUCCCAACGUGCAGAAGAAUUCAAAGGAGUUCCACACUGAACUUGACUUACUAUCAAGAUUAAACCAUGCCCAUUUGCUUAAUCUCCUUGGUUAUUGUGAAGAAGGUGGAGAGAGGCUUCUUGUUUAUGAGUUUAUGGCUCAUGGUUCCUUACAUCAGCACCUCCAUGGCAAGAACACAGCCUUAAAAGAACAAUUGGAUUGGAUAAGAAGGGUCACAAUUGCAGUCCAAGCAGCCAGGGGAAUUGAAUACUUGCAUGGCUAUGCUUGUCCUCCAGUCAUUCAUCGAGAUAUUAAGUCGUCAAACAUUCUCAUCGACGAAGAGCAUAAUGCUCGAGUUGCUGAUUUUGGCUUGUCGUUGUUGGGACCGACUGAUAGUAGCUCUCCAUUAGCUGAGCUACCAGCGGGGACUCUUGGCUAUCUUGAUCCUGAAUACUAUAGACUUCAUUACCUUACCACUAAGUCCGAUGUGUAUAGCUUUGGUGUUUUACUGCUAGAAAUUCUCAGCGGUAGAAAAGCCAUUGAUAUGCAAUAUGAAGAAGGGAACAUAGUUGAAUGGGCAGUGCCUUUGAUAAGAUCUGGAGAUAUCUCUGCAAUUUUAGAUCCGAUAUUAAAACCGCCUUCCGAUACAGAGGCCUUGAAGAGGAUUGCAAAUGUAGCCUGUAAAUGUGUGAGAAUGAGAGCGAAGGAGAGGCCAUCAAUGGACAAAGUGACAACUGCUUUGGAGCGUGCUCUUGCCCAAUUAAUGGGAAGCCCGUGUAACGAACAACCGAUCUUACCAACCGAGGUGGUUUUGGGAAGCAGCAGACUACACAAAAAGUCUUCUCAAAGAUCAUCAAACCGUUCAGCCUCUGAAACAGAUAUAGCAGAAGCUGAAGAUCAAAGGUUUGAGUUCAGAGCUCCAUCGUGGAUUACAUUCCCAAGUGUGACAUCGUCCCAGAGGAGGAAAUCCUCGGUGUCAGAAGCAGAUGUUGAUGGAAAGAAUUUGGAAGGAAGAAAUGUAGGGAAUUGUGGAGGUGUUGGGGAUGGAUUGAAGAGUUUAGAGGAAGAGAUUGGACCUGCUUCCCCUCAAGAAAAGUUGUUCUUGGAGCACAAUUUUUAAAGUUUGAGGACUCAUUGAAAAGCAAAGCCCAAGAAAGAAAAAUUCCAAAGCUUUGAUUUUUAUUACAAAGUCUCUCUGACAUGAAGGAAAAAGAAUGAGAUUUCAAUAUAAAAUUCUUGGAAUCAUUUAAAGCUCUAAGCUCUUAUCGUUCUGUGAUUUCAAAGUCAUUCCAUUGCAUUUUUCUACUAAUUGCUUCUCUUGCCUUUUGUAUUUGAUGCUAACAACCUACCAUUUACUGUUCUUGUAAGUUCCAGUUUGUGAAUAGCUUUUUUUCCUUUUCCAUUGCU